AUGAAGAACAACAGCCAGGUGAUCCAAGAGUUCAACGAGCUCGUCAACAUGACAGCCUCUGAACUCGAGAAGUGGCUCAAGUCGGGCGACUCGAACAGCGCAGGUUGGCCAAAGCAAGAUACCUCCGGCGAGUCGGUUGGCCACGACAGUGGCCGCAAGAUUGUAGAGAUUCUUCGGGCCAAUCCCAAAAAGGACCCCAAGAAGUACAAUGAGGAUCACAUUGAGCAUAUGCGCAAGGUCGUUUCGUACUGCAAGCGACAUCUGGCACAGGAGGAGAAGACGAACAACGAAAAGUCGGCCGAGGAAGUGAAGAAGACUAAAUCGUACGCCUCCUUGAAGAAUUGGGGACACGACUUCCUCAAGGGAAAAGCGAACGACAACAAGGAUGAAGGUGAAGAUGCCAAGGACGAGGAGGAGGACGAGGGGGCGAAGAAUGAAGGCGAGGAUGAAAAGGGUGAAGAGGCAAGCGAGGAUGAGGGUGAUAAGCAUGCAGGCGACAAGCGAAAGCAACCAGCCAAAGCGCAAAAGGGCUCACAGAAGAAGCGCGAGACUCGACAAGGAGAAGCUGGUGGCCACGGCAAGAAAUCGGACAAGGAUAAUGGUGCUGAUGAGGACGAAGAUGGUGAAGACGUUGGAGAUGAUGACGUCCAACAGCAAUCCAACGGAAAGGGCGCCAAGAAGCGCGCCGAGGACGAGGGCGAGGAUGAGGAAGAAGGUGACGAUGGGAAGAACAACCAAGACGACGGUGGGAAGAAGGCCAAUGGCUCUGGUAAAUCAGCUAAAAAUGGACCUGAUCCAGGUGACACCGUGAGCUGGAAGUGGGGAGGAGGCCAUCCCGAAGGCAAAGUUCUUGACGUCAAAGAGGAAAAGGCGACUGUCAAAACCAAACGCGGUAAUGAAGUGUCGCGCAAAGGGAGCAAGGAGGAUCCGGCUGUGGUGCUCGACGCUGGAAAGUCCAAGGCUGUGAAGGCGGCUCAUGAGCUGGACUGA